AAAAAUAUAGGAAAACUUGCUAAGAAAAAUAAGUAAAGAAAUUAAAUAGAAGAUAAAAUUAAAAGAAAAAAAGUUAAGAAUAUACUGAUAAUAAUAAUUAUAAAAUAUAAAAUAAAUUAAUAAAUAAUUACAAUAGCAGACUAAUGAGUGACCUCGAAGCAUUUCUUUUCCCAAAAGUUUUAUCACGCAGCAGCAGCACAGGGACAGAGGAAGGAAGGAGAUGAGAGUGGUGAAAUAUAUCAGUGAAUGGAGUAGCAUAGCCAAAGAAGCGCUGUCUCAAACGUUCAUCGUAGCCAAGUUUCUAUGCUUGCUUCACGUCACCAACGCCUACAUAUGCUCUCCCACUCUCGUGUUCGGUCCUAGUAUGCUUCCGACGCUCAAUCUUUCCGGUGAUGUGUUAUUGGCGGAACACGUUUCACACCGUUUGGGGAAGGUGGGACCAGGUGAUGUCGUGCUGGUUCGCUCCCCUUUAGAUCCUAGAAAAAUCGUCACUAAACGCAUUGUGGGAAUGGAGGGUGAUAGAAUUUCUUUCUCGCUGGACCCUUCUAGUACUGACAGCUGCCACACCAUUGUUGUCCCAAAGGGGCAUGUUUGGAUUCAGGGAGAUAAUGUUUAUGCUUCCAGUGACUCGAGGCAUUUUGGGCCUGUUCCUUAUGGUCUUAUUCAAGGCAAAGUGUUUUGUAGGGUGUGGCCACCUUAUGGCUUUGGAGCGUUGGAAUAAUAAGCAAAACAGGUGAUUUUGUGAAGGGCAGUUGAUCACCUGUUAUAUGGCCCAAGCCAACUGCUGAUUUUGCUUAUAAGAUAUUCAAUAUAAAAGACCAAGCGUUUUGAUCUUGGUAUAAAGUGGGAGAUAUGAAGUUUCAGGAUGCUAAAUUGUUGUAAAUUUUGUAACACAUUGAUUGUCUUUGAUUUUUACAGUUGAAAAUACUUGAGGCUUUUAGGACUCCUGAGUUGCAGAGAUCUAUGCUAUAAUCUAUAACAAAAUAAAUUUUUGUUUUGGUGUA